AUGUCAUCAUCAUCAUACAUAUUAUUUUUAAACUAUCUCGGAAAUCAAAUAGUUAUCUAUGUCGGCAUAUGUGUAGUAGUCGCAGGUAUUCUGGGCGAAUCUUUGAAUAUUAUUGUAUUUCUUAGCCUGCGAACAUUCCGACAGAAUUCGUGUGCAUUUUAUUUAACUAUUAUGUCCACGGUCAACAUCUGUCAACUAUUAUCUAGUUUAUUCAAUCGCGUCAUUCCCACCAAACUCGAUAUUGAUUGGUCAAAAACAUCUGUAUUCUAUUCAGUCAUCGACCAAUAUUUAGCUACAUGCGCAUCGCUGCACUGGCAGAGAUGGGCUGAUAUUAGAGUGGCACAUCGUUUAACGGCAGUCAAUAUAUUGAUUUGGAUUCUUUAUAACAUUCCAAUUUUAGUUUAUUACAAUUAUAUUGUAUCGAAUACAAACCAACAAGCGAUCUGUGUGAUCACAGACCGAAUUUUUAUUCAGUUUAACAACUAUGCGAAUCGUUUUCUAGUGGGAAAAUUCUUACCUAUUUGUAUAACGUGCAUCUUCGGAGUUUUGGCACUUUAUAAUGUAAAAAAUAUCGCACGUCGUGCACUACCUGUAGCUCGACGUGCACUAGAGAAACAAUUGACCAUUAUGGUACUCCUACAAGCUGUUGUCAUGCUAUUUACAAACAUACCGUACAUUAUCACAUAUCUCCUUCAAGCGUCACUAGAUUUGACUGGUUAUCCGGUUAUUUCAGCACAAGUUCAAUUUGCAUUGUCAGUCACUAUGUCCGUCCUGUAUAUGAGUUUUGCUACGUCAUUCUACAUCUACUGUUGGGCAUCGAAUCGAUUUCGUCGCCAAUUGAAAUACGUCCUAUUCGAUAUCCACUUCAAUCGAUGUCGUGAACGAACAAUUCGAACAAAUCAAAUCGUACCCGUCGUAGCUUAA